CUUUGAUUGUCACAUUGUAACAUUCUUGAUUGAUACACUGAGGCUGAUUUAGGCUUCAACCAAUGAACGUCCUAAUGCUGGCGGAUGUGGUUCGCAGGGAAAUGGCACCAAUCACGACGCAGCAGCCGUUUUAUAGAGGCGGACUUAACCGCUAAAACAAAGUUGGCACACGCCAAUCAUGCGCAGCUCUCGCCGCUCAUUGGUCCACCGUUAUGAAUGAGGUGGGUCUUGACGACACUCACCGUGUAAGCUACUGUUGAAAUUCCAAUGCUAACCAACUUUAGCCAGCUUGCUAACAUGUAAUUCAGCGAAUGUGAAGAGCUGCAUAUACGACGCUAUUCUGGAUUUAAAUGCAUAAAUAAUAUUUAAUUUCCAGUUUGAGGAUAUUUGAAAAUUCGUCUUAAUGUUUGCUACUGCGCGUGUCUCCGUUAUUGCAGCCAGGACAUGUCCAGUUAGCCAGAACGCAGCAAUCGGUGGAUAACGAACCUGGCAAGCUAGCCAGCCAGCCCGUUUGGACUGGGUCUGUCGUUGAGGGAUUUGAACAGGUUUCAUCGCCCAGAGGACAGUAAAGCCGGAUGCUGUGACUACCAUGAGUCCCGCAGGCUGCCCCCAUGUCAACAGCUUCAAAGUGGACAACUGGAAGCAGAACCUGAGGGUGAUUUAUCAGUGUUUCGUGUGGAGCGGCUCAGCCGAGACCAGAAAACGCAAGGCCAAGUCAUGUAUCUGCCACAUGUGCGGUGCCCACCUGAACAGACUCCACUCCUGCCUCUACUGCGUCUUCUUCGCCUGCUUUGCCAAAAAACACAUCCACGAACAUGCCAAGAGCAAAAGGCAUAACCUAGCCAUUGACCUGCUGUAUGGGGGAAUUUACUGCUUUAUGUGCCAAGACUACAUUUAUGACAAAGACAUGGAACAGAUUGCCAAAGAGGAACAAAGGAAAGCCUGGAAAAUGCAAGGCAUAGGCGAGAAGUACUCAACGUGGGAGCCCACCAAGAGGGAGCUGGAGCUGCUCCGCCACAACCCCAAGAGGAGGAGAAUCACCUCCAACUGUACUAUCGGCCUGCGAGGUCUGAUAAACCUGGGCAACACAUGCUUCAUGAACUGCAUUGUCCAGGCACUGACACACACUCCACUGUUGCGUGACUUCUUCCUGUCUGACCGACACAAAUGCGAGAUGCAGAGCAACUCCUGCUUGGUGUGUGAGAUGUCGCAACUCUUCCAGGAGUUCUACUCAGGCCAUCGCUCGCCUCACAUCCCGUUCCGACUCCUCCACCUGGUGUGGACUCACGCCCGUCACCUGGCUGGGUACGAGCAGCAAGAUGCCCACGAGUUCCUCAUUGCGGCGCUGGACGUCCUCCACAGACACUGCAAAGAUGACAACGGGAAGAAAGCCAACAACCCAAACCACUGUAACUGCAUCAUCGACCAAAUCUUCACAGGGGGCCUGCAGUCUGACGUCACCUGUCAAGUCUGCCAUGGUGUUUCAACAACCAUAGACCCGUUCUGGGACAUCAGCCUGGACCUGCCUGGAUCCUCCACACCAUUCUGGCCCCUCAGCCCCGGAGGAGACGGAUCAGCACUUAACGGAGAGAGUCACACCACUGGAGCCACAACGCUCACAGAUUGUCUGCGCAGGUUCACCAGACCAGAGCACCUCGGCAGCAGCGCUAAGAUCAAGUGCAGCGGUUGCCAUAGUUACCAGGAGUCCACCAAGCAGCUGACCAUGAAGAAGCUGCCCAUCGUGGCCUGCUUUCACCUCAAAAGGUUUGAGCAUUCAGCCAAACUUCGGCGGAAGAUCACAACUUACGUCUCCUUCCCACUGGAGCUGGAUAUGACCCCCUUCAUGGCCUCCAGUAAAGAGAGCAGGAUGAACGGGCAGUACCAGCAAACCGUGGACCCCUUCAACAACGACAACAAGUAUAGUCUAUUUGCUGUGGUGAACCACCAGGGGACGCUAGAGAGCGGCCAUUACACCACCUUCAUCCGUCAGCACAAGGACCAGUGGUUCAAAUGUGAUGACGCCAUCAUCACUAAGGCCAGCAUCAAGGAUGUACUGGACAGUGAAGGGUACCUUUUGUUUUACCACAAACAGUUCCUGGAGUACGAAUAGUCCCCUCCAGAUCAGCACAGCCUGCAGGAGGAGACGAGGAUUGAUGCAAGGAGUAGUUGCAUGGGAACAGGUAACAGAGUGAUCAGAGAGAGGCAAGGAAAUGGAAACACAAGCCUACCUGAAUCAUUCUAAGUCGCAACUCUCACUCAAACAUGGAACCACCUUUACUACAUACUAAUCUAGUUCCUCUGUACGACAUUCAAGAAUGAACUGUCUGCUGUGCGGGAUAGAGCAAAAAAAAAAAAAAAAAAUGCAAGAACCAAACAAAAGGCGAGAAAUGAGGAAGGGAGAUUUGUUUGGGUGCUGAAGGAAUAUUGCAUACUUGCAAAAGUUUUUCACUGGAAUUCAGGGGUUAAAGAAGAAAACAGCUGUGAUAAACUGCUAUAAAAUGCAAGAACAGUCUGUGCUUGCUUUCAGAUAAUAAUAAUAAUAAUAAUAAUAAUAAUGAUGGACAGAAGGGCAGAAGGUUUUUCUUAAACCUCAGUUUAUCUCGGGAAGGUUUACGUGAUCACAAAUGCUGUUCUUCAUCAGUGUCCUGCUUCAUGCCCCGCACAGCUGCAUACAUUAACACCUGAGGGUGCUUAGAAACAGAGCUGCAACCUUCCGCUGGGGUUCCGGGGCUCAGCUUUAGCGAAGGAAGUGAUUUUUCUUUCUUUUCUUUUUUUUCCACUUUACCCAAAAGGAUUCAAACGGGCAACUUCCUGGACACAAGCACACUUGUCUAACACACCCAUACUCCUCCAAAUGACCAAAUAUUUCAAGGCUGGAAGUUGUCCUAUUAUGCAUUUUUCGUUCCAGAUGCAAAGGUGGGGGGUGGGGGUGGGGUCACAAGACAAAUGGUGUUAUGAAUAUUGUAUAGAGAGACAGUUUAUUCCAUUCAUUACUCGUGAGUUUGUAGUGGUCAGUCAUCAGAUACUUCUAGGAAACAUUUUCUGUAACAACACGCACGCGAAGGAUCUGUUAAUUUCUGCCAUGCUGCUUCCAACAGUCACAGACGGGACAUAGAUUACACAGUAAAUAUUAUAUUUUUAUACAUACUUUUGUUUACGGUUUUGCAUUCUCCCAAAACUCCCACAUUGUUCGUCUGUGUGACAUUGUGCCGUCAGUCAUGUUUUUCGUACACAGGAGCAAAAAUAGUGCUGAGAAAUUUCAUGAAAGUGCUGCUAAGGUGGCUUUUGUUUGUGUGUUUGUUUAAUUUGGCAGUUUUUUUUUUUUUUUUGGACAUUACAGAGGCAUAUUCUCCAUGUUCGAGAUAUGUUGUCGUGAUGCUGUUUCAGGUAAAUGGCAAAAAAGAAAUGAAACAGAAGAGGGGGGUGUUGUGUAUAAAGGGUCAGAAGCUCGAUCCUCCAGUGUUAACCGUCGGCCGCAUGUCGCUCUAAUUCGGUGUGUUUGUGUGUGUGUGUGCACGUGUAUGUGCCUGAGAAAGUUGAGGCGGGAAAAAAAGCUCAGUGUACGUGUGUUUGUAUAAAAUGUGUUAUUGCGUGUAAAGAGAAAAAAAAGUGCGUAUGUGUUCCUGUUUGUAUGCACGUGUGUCGUGCGCGUGCGUAUGUAGCGUAUGUUCGUGUACUGAAUCAGUACUUGCAUUCAGCAUGCCGUCUGAGCUGGGUAUCACAGUUUGAUAGGAUUUUUUUCCACAUGUUGAUGAUGUAUGUAAAAGUAUAUAUGUACAGUUUGUAUGUAAGAGACAAAUGGUGAAACCUCAAAGUCGAUUUGUUCUUCUAUAUUGCUGGAUCCAGCCACGGGGUCGUUAAUCAGAAGAAACUUGUCUUGACCCGAUCAGUCAUUCCUCACACACAUACAGUAUGUACCUGCUGCAAGAACUGGACACAGUGAUGGAAAGACACUCAAAUAAAGAAAAAAUCUAUAUCUGUA